AUGAGAUACUUUAUAAUAAAGUAUGUAUUGACUGUUUGCAUUAGCACAGAGCAUGUGCUUGGAACGGGCAUAGAUAGGAUUUUAAUAACAGAUGAAAUGAUGCAAAUCAAAGAUUUAUCUAAUAUAUUGCCGUCUGUAGGAGAAUAUCUAAUCAAUGAAAUGACUGACAUAGAAGACAGCAACCCCAAACUAGAGAGCUGUAGUGUAUCUGCAAAAAGUGGAAUUAAAAAGACAGUAGACGAGGGAGUAUCACCCCAAGCUACACCAAGAAACACAGAAAAAGAAGAUGGUACGCUGGAUGGGCUAGAUAGCAUCCUAGAAAAAGACCCGAAGUGGGCGGAUAGCAGAAAUCUUCUGAAGUCAAUUGAAGAGUUCUCAGACGAGCCUCUGUCAAUGAAGUUUUAUCUGCCAGAAGAAGACUACAGAUCAAUAAACCCGAAAGCAUGCAGCUUCAUGGUGAUUGGCAAAAUGGACCACAUUAAGUACAGAUACAUACAGAAUGUGCUUCGCAUGGCGCCAAACUACUCAUGCUCGCACAGCUACAAAAAGUUCAAGCACCGAGAUGUCACUGCCUUGGAUAACAUAGAGUCGUAUUCUGUUGAAAUGCGGGUGCUUGAGGCGAAUAACCAGAUGAAGAAAUUUUAUUCAAAGGUAAGAGAGGUUCGCCAGAAGCUGUUAAAACCGCAGCUGACAAUGAGCGCGGUCAACGAUUUUGAAACAGUGACACAAAUAUACUUUGCAUACAUUAGUAGACAGGUUGCAAAAUUCUCAGAUGUGCUAGAGGGGUUUGCAUACGACAAAAAGUCACUGAGUGCACUUCAAGAAAGAAGAGAAGCUCUGAGUCUUAUACAUCCUAUAAAUGAAGUGAAAAGGCAGCAAAAACAGUAUGUAAUGAAGAACAAAAGAAUAUUUUAUCCUGAAAUUGAGCACAUGGCAUUUGCAAAGGCCUCCAUGGUUAACACGAUAUUUCAAAUUGAAGAAAUAAUGCCGUAUAUUGAGGAUAUCUAUGCUAUUAUUAAACAAGAAGAUAAUAAUGAGCCGGCGCAUCUGAAUUAUAUAAGAGAGCACAUGCCAGAGCUGACAAAAUCUCUACAAAAGUCUCUUCAAAGCAUACUUGACUUUAAUCCAGAUUCUUUUGAUAAUGUGAUGCUUACUAAUGCCAAGGUUAAAAUGGAGGAAACUCUAAAGAUAUUUACAUCUAUGGUGCAUAUGGCAACCAGAAGCUUGAUAGAAAUCUCUGUUCUACUUAAGAAUGCAGUCUACUUUAAACCACGAAAUCUACAGUUUAUUCCAGAAAAUGCUGCGGCCACCACAAAAACUACUCCUUCUCAACUAAAUAAUAUUGCAUCUUCUACCAAAACCACUCCUUCUCAACUAAGUGAUACUACACCUUCUACAAAAACCACUCCUUCUCA